AGCAGAACCCGGAUGUGCCGGUGGUCAGCUGUUUGUUAAGAAUGACUAAUAAUGAAGAAAAUAUCAGCAUGGAGCAAGAUCCUGAUGAUCGCUUGCCGUUCAAUAGUUGUCAGCUGCUGGAUUUGCCCUGGGAGGAUGUUUUAGUUACACACGUCAUCUGCUACCUGCCGCUGCGUCACCUGGUCAGCCUGCAGCGCGUCAGCAAGAGUUUUCGCUCACUCGUUCAGGUGUACUUGGCCAACUGCCGCACAUUCGACCCUGCACAGACCGGACCUCACAUUCCCAAAGAAGCGUUCUGCUCCAUGCUUCACAACAAUCAAGUUCUCCAUCACCUCUGCAUCCACAACUGCUCUGAUUGGAUCACAGACAAAGAGCUGUUGCCUGUGAUUGGUCAGAACCAGCACCUGCUGCGCGUGGACAUGCGGAGCUGCGUUCACUUGAGCCGUCACUCUCUGGUAGCCGUGUCUCUCAGCUGUCUUCGUCUGCAACACCUGAAUCUCGCUCACUGCGAGUGGGUGGACGUCCUGGCGCUCCGGAGCCUGGCGGAUCACUUCGACCUGCGCUCGCUGGACCUGACCGCCUGCAGACAGCUGAAGGACGACGCCGUGUGUUACGUGGCCGGGAAGUGCCCGGCGCUUCGUUCGCUCUCGGUGGCCGUUAAUGCGAAUAUAACAGACAUAUCCGUGGAGGAAGUGGCCAAACGCUGCAGAGAUCUGGAGAUGCUGGACCUCACUGGCUGCUUACGAGUACGAAAUGAAUCUAUAAGGACGCUGGCAGAGUACUGUCCCAAACUUAAAAGUCUUAAAGUCAACCACUGUCACAACGUAACAGAGUCCAGUCUUGGUGUCCUGCGCCGACAUGAUGUGGAUAUUGAUGUGGAACCUCCGCUGCAGAGAGCGCUAGUGCUGCUGCAAGAUGUCGUAGGAUUCGCUCCGUUUAUUAACCUGCAGAUUUAACAACAAGUGAGUUACUUGUUUAGAACUAACAUCAACACAAACUCAAAUCUCAACUUGUGUCAUUUCACAAUUUGUGUUUCUAGUGUAUUGUGUGUAUGGUACAAUAUUGCAGAUGAAUGUCAAAUAAUUUGCUUUUCAGAUGACGUUCCCUAAACAAUAAGCCUAUAGCCAAACUAUGAAAUUUUAAAUCAAAAUAUGUGUCAAUUUCAGAUGAGCAUUCGAGAGGAUUUUAUACAAUUUAUUGAAUGCCGUCAAUGGAAAUUUGUGUGCAUGUCUUGAUUGAAUGUUUGUUAUGUUUUGUAGGAAUUUUCUCUGAAAAACCGAAACGCACAUUUUUACACAGAUGCAAUCUCACUGGACAUGAAAUCGACAAGCGCUUGUGUGAUUAGGUGUAUUUUAGCAGUCAGGCUGUAUUAGAUCUGAUCCCAAACUUUAUUUAUGAAAUUCUCCAGGAAUACGGAGGAACAUUUGGGAAAUCCAUCUUAUUUAUUGAUGCAGCUUUCCUUGUUUUUAUGCAGAUACCAAAUGCUGUAUAAUUUUGCACUCGUGAAAUACUGAAAUACUUGCACUUUUUCAAAACAUCUUUUGGACCGCCAGCAUCCCCCAGCAUUAUUAAACCACAGGAUUUCCUUUCUGUUUAAUAUCACUUAUGAAAAAAAUAGAAAGGCAGCACUUUCAAGAAUGAAUCCUGGAACAAUCGAGUUAUGUUUUACAGAAUGCACACAGUGUUGUUUUUAGUUCCAUUUAUUUCAUAAUGGAAAGAAUAACAUUUCCAAAACAAUUCAGACUUUUAUUACAUUUGAUUUAUAGACACGAAUGGAAAGCAAUUAUGACAACUUCAGUUUGAUAUUUCAGACUACUAAAAUUCACUCUUGUGUUUGUGUGGAAAAUAUAACAUUGUUUUUAUUACACAUGAGGAUGGAAUUUGCAUGUUUAAAUAGGACAAAUCAUACAAAUUAUACUUGUAUAUUUGAUCCUCUAACACACACACACAGAAAUGUUAACUGUCAAACUCUAUUUUUUUCUGCUGGUUUUGCUCCACAUGUCGUGUUGGUUUUAUUUCAUUAUGAUCAAAAAUGAAUAUGAUUCUUCAUAAACUGAGGCGAGUUCAGUUUUUAAGGUUUAUCAGUGCGCUUAUUUCAAAUGCUGGGGGUCUUUUUAGGACCACUAUAUUAUACAAUGUUGUUUUAUUCUGAGUAUUUCAAUAACUAUAAAGACAGCAGGGCAGUUGUUUUGUUUUCAUUUGUAUUUUUUAUUUUGGGCAAAAUUUCUCGUUUUACAGUGUCACAAGUAUUAUUUGCACAUGCGCUUUGCUUUAAUGUUUACUGCUUUUGUAUAGUUGUGUAAGCACUUGUUGCAAACGGCCGAUUGUAAAUUAUUAAGUGCAUAAUUAAUGCAAAGUGCAGAUAAAGUAUAAAGUUUUAUGUAAAACGACAAAUGUUUGUUAUUUCUUGUGGGUGACAUGACAUUUAAACAUGGAGAUUUGACUGACACUAAUUUACCACCAGAGUGCACUGUAGCAUAUGAUGUCAACAAAAGAAGUUUGUCACUUGAUGUAAACACAAAGAAAUCUUACUUAUGAUCCAUGACAUGACAUGUUUGUGUCACAGCAUAAGUGUUGAAUGCUCCACAUUAACAAAGGAAAGGUGGCGCCCAAAUGACCAGAAUUUCAGAAG